AUGGGCGAACACACCCUAGGUCAAGCACAAUCCCUAAUCGAACCGCAACCCCACCCCGCUACCUCCUCCUCUGCCGCCAUCGUCGUACUCGGAGGCGCUCCGGCGGACCCUGAACUAAACAAUGUCCUUCCACACACAAACUCUCCUGCCUCAAAAAUCCCCCUCCGUCCCCGCAAGAUCCGGAAGGUCUCCCCGGACCCCUCCACAUCUGAAUCCCAAACCGAAACUACCAAACCGGGCAAGAGCGGCGGCCGGAGCACCAAGCACGUUCCGCAGACGCGAGCCCUUGCUGCGGUGCCGCGCAUAGUGGCGCGUUCACUCUCGUGCGAAGGCGAGGUGGAGAUCGCGCUCCGAUUCCUUCGCAACGCAGACCCUCUCCUCUCCCCUCUAAUCGACAUUCACCAGCCCCCAACCUUCGACAAUUUCCACACUCCCUUCCUCGCAUUAACGCGCAGCAUCUUGUACCAGCAACUCGCGUACAAAGCAGGCACCUCCAUCUACACGCGCUUCAUAGCGCUCUGCGGUGGCGAAAACGGUGUUGUUCCGGAAACCGUACUCGCUUUGACUCCCCAACAGCUCCGCCAGAUUGGGGUUUCGGGCCGGAAGGCGAGUUACCUUCACGAUUUGGCGAGGAAGUACCAGAACGGGAUACUCUCCGAUUCGGCCAUUGUGAACAUGGAUGAUAAGUCCCUCUUCACUAUGCUAACUAUGGUCAAUGGAAUUGGCUCUUGGUCUGUUCACAUGUUCAUGAUUUUCUCACUCCAUAGACCCGAUGUUCUCCCCAUCAAUGAUUUGGGUGUGAGAAAAGGGGUUCAGCUUCUCUAUAACCUCGAGGACUUGCCGCGGCCGUCGCAGAUGGACCAAUUGUGUGAGAAGUGGAGGCCUUAUCGCUCUGUGGCUUCGUGGUAUAUGUGGAGAUUUGUUGAAGCCAAAGGAACUCCUUCGAGUGCGGUGGCAGUAGCCACUGGUGCCGGCCUGCAGCAACAGCAUCACCACCAGCACCAACAACAUGAGCAGCAGCAGCAACAACAACAACAUCCUCCACAGCCGCAGCUUGUGGACCCCAUAAAUAGUAUGUUUAAUCUCGGGGCGGCCUGUGCUUGGGGGCAAUGA